AUGUCGACUGUUUCAUCUAACAAGAACAAACCUGGUAGACCACCAAGCUCGCUAAGCACCAAUUUAGCUGCAAUCCAAUCUUCUGAAUCUGAUAUGCUAUCUGUAUCCAGUAGACAACGGCAAUCCAAGAAGGAUGAGGCCAUCCGUAAGAAAAUCGAACAGGAAUUGAUGAAGAAGAGGGGUGGCUCUACACGUAUCAAGCAAACCAAGAAAAUCGCAGGUACAGUAUCUGCUCUCCGGCCUGCUCAGGCACUUACUGUGAGGGAGACCAUUCUCGUCAUUGAGGCUGCUCAAUUGAUGGCAGCAAAGAGAAGCGACUGUGUAUUGGUGGUAGAUGAUGAGGAGCAUCUAAGCGGUAUUUUCACUGCAAAGGAUUUGGCUUAUCGAGUCGUUGCAGAUAACUUGGAUGCAAGAGCAACUACCGUGGCUGAUAUCAUGACUAAGAACCCAAUGUGUGUCACUGCUGAUACAUCUGCGCAAGAUGCUUUGAAUUUAAUGGUAUCCCGUGGUUUCCGUCAUUUGCCUGUUUGCAAUGAAGAAGGUGAUAUUUUUGGCUUGCUCGAUAUCACCAAAUGCAUUUAUGAGGCAUUGCACAAAAUGGAAAAGGCUUACGGAUCUUCACGCAAGCUGUACGAUGCAUUGGAGGGUGUGGAACGUGAAUGGGCAAAUAGUCCUGUGCAGUUUGUGCAAUACAUGGAGGCAUUGAGGGAUAAAAUGUCCUGCCCUGAUCUAACUACGGUGCUUGAUCAAGCAGGCCCUGUUCAAGUCAAUGUCAAAGCUCAGGUUCGAGAAGUCGCUAAAUUGAUGAAGGAAUACCAUACUACCGCAGUUCUGGUCAUGGAUCACGGAGGUUUAGCUGGUAUCUUUACUUCCAAAGACAUUGUAUUGCGAGUCAUUGCUGCUGGCCUUGCUCCUGAUAACUGCUCUGUUGUGCGUGUCAUGACGCCUCAUCCAGACACAGCACUCCCAUCAACAAGUAUUCUGGAUGCUCUCAAGAAAAUGCAUGAUGGCCAUUACUUGAAUUUACCUGUAUUGGAUGAAGACAGGAAUAUUGUAGGCUUGAUUGAUGUUCUUAGACUGACAUAUGCUACUCUUGAACAGAUCAACAGCAUUGAAGGUAAUCAAGGGGAUGGUGGUAAAUUCUGGAGUAGCAUUGCGGCAGGUGAUCAUACAGAGACCGAGUCAGCCAUCUCUGAUUCACUUUCUCAAGCUGCUAAUUCGCACAUGUUUCAACCCUCCUCGCCUCAAUACGAGCACUCUGCUCGCUUGUCCUCAAUCUCGCCCAUGCCCGGCCAUGCUCCUACUUAUACUGGUCUAGGUUAUGCUGCUGAACUCACUCCUGCAGAUUCAGCCUCAGUAGUUCACGACGACAAUCAUUCAACCGUUUCCUCUCACAUCAACAACACCUUCUCUUUUAAAUUCAACUAUGGUAACAAAACGCAUCGACUUCGCCAUGAUAGCAGCAACUUUCAAGGUUUGCUAGAGGCCAUCCAACAAAAGAUCAUGGUCGAGCAUUUGUCAAUUUCACAAUCCUACAUUGCUGUUGGCAGAGAGAGCGAUAAGCAUGAUGAAGACUGGCUCACAGUGGCCUAUUUGGAUGAUGAAAACGACCAGGUCCUGAUGACUUGUGAUUCUGAUCUGGCUGAUGCUGUGCAAAUUGCCAGAAAAUCAGGACUAGAUCGUGUGCGUUUGUUUGUCCAUGAUUCGCUUGCUGAUGCUGUUGCAGAACAACAAAAGUUGCAAAAAAAGCAGCAGGAAGAGGAGCUGGCAAACUCGAGUCAAUUCAUGAUAGAUGCGCCCGCAAGCCAACCUACGACAUUGGGCCACUUGUUGGCAGCCACCUCACCUGUAGCAGAAAACAGAAAAUUGGAAGAUUUGAGCGAGGUUGCAGAAACAGACAAGGAGGAAGACGAUGAAGAAGAGGAUGAGCCAGUGAUUAAGAACAAAAAGUCGAGAUCACUGUCUUCCUCACACACAAUGAAGAAGAGAGACAUUGCUGCUGAAUACAACUUACCUAUUCCUCAAGACAUGCUGUUGCCUGCAGCCAUUACAUUCUUGGGUGUCGUAAUUCUAGGUGUAUUUACCAUUUCCAAACUGACAGGUGGUUCAAAUACCCGUUAUUAA